AUGUGUGACUUCGUCGAGGGCCAGACCAUAGAACUAAAGGAGGCUUUCCAGCUGUUUGACCGAACAGGUGAUGACAAGAUCCUGUACAGUCACUCUGGGGAUGUGAUGAGGGCUCUGGUCCAGAACCCUACCAAUGCCGAGGUGCUCAAGGUCCUGGUGAGCCCCAAGAGCAAUGAGAUAAAUGCGAUGGUGCUGGAUUUUGAGCACUUCCUGCCCAUGCUACAAACUGUGGCCAAGAACAAGGACAGGGGAAUUUAUAAGGACUAUGUUGAAGGCCUUCAUGUGUUUGACAAGGAAGGGAAUAGUACUGUCAUGAGUGCUUUUAUCCAGCAUGUACUCAUCACACUGGGAGAGAAGAUGACAGAGGAGGAAGUGGAGAUGUUGGUGGUGGGUUACAAGGACAGCAACAGUUGUAUCAACUAUGAAGAGCUUGUCUGGAUGGUGCUGAACGACUGA